AAGAUACUGCGCAUGUGCGAGGAAGAGGAAGUUGUACAUCCCGAAGUUGACGAGAAGUGGACUGGUCUCUCCGUCCUUUAUUAUCCUGCUUUACAACGUUACAAUAACAAAAGGUAACUCAAUCUCAACAUGCACCCCCCGGAGUUGAUCAAGACCAAACAGGCAGAAAAGAGCAUCAACGGUAUAUCAACACAGGCCGUCUGCAGUGAAUUCAGCAACUACAUCUUCGUAGUUCUCACACAGUAUGGGAAGAUUGGAACGCUGGUAUCCAUCACGCCCGACACAAGGACAGGGGACAUCUCCACGCCCAUGUACACCACUAAAGUUCUGCUGGGGAAAGAUGAGGCUUUGACCCACGUAUGUGCCAAACACCUGGCAACCUCCAUCUCGCAAGAGUCUGGAAAUCGGCCUGUCCUCCUUGGGCUGGCUCUCAAAGACAACUCUAUUGAUUCCAUUAACACCAUGAAGGAACUGAUCAAAACUUGCCAAGUGUGGUGAUGAAUAGAAUUUACUUGCACUUGGAUAUGGGCUAUCUCAGAGACAAUUUCAGUGGAAACAAAUGAGGAAAAAAAUACCAACAUGGGGGAGCCGACUUCUCAUCGCCUACACUGGGCUAAAGGGGACUUUGUGCAUCUUAAUUUGAAAGUUUUGUAAUAAAAUGACAAAAAAAAUGAAUUUAAAAA